GAUAGAUCUAGACUAAGUUCAUCAUUCAUAAACAAAAGAAGGGGAGGAAAACAACUCACCUUUAAAAAAAUGGCUGCUGCACAUUUUGAAGCAUUUAAGGCCAGACUUGAUAAAGUUUUGCAUGAGAAGAAUAAAGUCAAUGAUAUUUUGGAAAAAAUAGAGCUUAAGACAGGAGUAAAAAGACUGUAUAUUGCGCUUGUCUUUAUUUCAAUUAUUGCAUUAUGGUUGAUGGUUGGAUAUGGAGCACAGUUUCUUUGUAAUUUUAUCGGAUUCAUUUACCCAGCAUAUGCCUCAGUUAAAGCCAUCGAGAGUCGUGACAAAGAUGAUGAUACAAAAUGGUUGACCUACUGGGUGGUGUACAGCGUCUUCAGCCUUGUAGAAUUUUUCUCUGACAUUUUCCUGUUUUGGAUCCCAUUCUACUGGUUGUUGAAGUGUGUAUUUCUGGUGUGGUGCUUCAUGCCAGUUCCUUGGAAUGGUUCCAUUACCUUGUACUAUCGCUUUAUCAGACCUUUCAUUUUACGUCACCAAGACCGCAUUGACACUGCCUUGGAUAAGGCUAAAGAAGCUGUUGCAGAAGUCUUUAAUCUUGCUACACAAGGGGAAUCUUCACGUGCCAUUAUUCAGCAGGCAAAAGAUCUGGCAGAAGAUGUGGCUAAGGAUGAGUUGGUCAAAAGGGCUUUGAAUUCUAAAAAUGACUAAGAUUCUGGUCAGCCGAGACGGUCAUCGUGGAAUAGUUGUGGGACAUUUGUGUUUACUCCCUGAGCUUGAUGUUUCCAUUUUGUUUUCCAUUGUCAAUGUUUACCUUAGCCAAAAGAUAAUUUACUAACAUAACAAUCCAUGAAUUGGGUUUUGUCAUAACACCAGUGGCAUCUGUUUUAGAAAAUAUUAACUCGUAUACAAAGUAUUUACUGGGCUUAGGAAGUGUGGAACAAUUUUUUUUUUAGAUCGUUUCAUUUUACCCUCUGUAAAUUUUACAAACAAAUAAAAUGGGCAUUUAAAAGGAAAUAUUUUUUGAAAGAUCAAAGAACAUUGUUAGAAAUAUUUUAUUGACAAUUUGCGUUUUGUUUCUAAUCUUUGACAUGACUCUUUUUUUUUUUUUUUGUUGCAAUAAGCUCAGUACUCUUGACAGAGACAUUUUGUAAAUAUGGAAUAUUGCAUAGUAUUCAAAAGUAUUUUAAUAAUUACAGAGGCUAGAAUUUCAAAAUAAUCCCUUAGAGAAAUUAACUUAUGGUGAUUGUAAUUUGAAUGUAUUCUUUUGCUCAAGUUUGAUAUAUUAUCAUUCUAAAAGUUUUGCUAAGAGCUUUAAAAACUAUUGCUACUAUAUUAGCUGCUGAUUGGGUGCUUGAUAUUAGAGAGCUGCACCUUGUACUAUCUUGUAUACGUACGUCAUGCCACCGAUAUGUUUGUCCCUAUUCCACAAUUAAUGUAUCAUCCUUUUAUCAUGACACGUAAGCAGAAUUUUUUUUUUUUUUUACUUGGCUUUGAUCGUUCCAAUAGACAUUUUGAAGAAUGUUUCCUGUAAUAUAUUUUCAGCUCUACAUGUGAUGUUUAAAUGGGAUUUACAGCCUUUAAUAUUUAAUAAUUAUUAUAAACACAUAUUUUUACAUCUUUUUUCAAGCACGUUAAAACCACAUAAUUUAUAAUAAAAUUAAGACGGUUGUGUUUUUUCGCAACUUGAACCUUUAGAUUGCCUUGCCCAUAGCUCUGUUUUUAGCUCUACGUUUGAUGUUUCAAUUUGGAUUUAUAACCUUUAACUCUAUAAUUAUUAUAAACAUGGUUUUUAAGAAAGUUUUUGUCUAUUUGGACGUAAGGUUGCCUUGUCCCUUAACUCAGUUGAAUAUAAAUAUGCUAGGUAUAUUUUGACAGUUGAUUUAAAGUCAAUAUCGCCUGUAAUUUUGCGUUGCCUAUGAUCUCAAACAGAAAUUUUUUAUUUUUUUUUUUGUUUCUUUGUUUUCCAGACAUUUUUUUGGUUUUGGUAUUUAUCCAUUCUCAUCAUUUCUAGUCUUUUUUUCCCCCAAGCAUGUUAUUUCCAAUGCGUAAAAUCUUUUGGAAAAUGUGUACUUUUGUUUAUUAUUUGUUAUUGAAAUGCAAUUUUUUGUUUGUUUCUUAACACAUUUAUAUAUAUAUAUAUAUAUUGGUGCUUUCAUCUUUUUACUUAGAGAAAGAAAAAAAAAAAGUAAAUCAGUUGGAGAUUGUGCUCAUUAUUUUUGUUUUAAACAAUACUUUUUUUUUUUUUAACAUAUAUUUAUAUAUAGAUCUAUAUACAGUUUUUGUUUUGUUGCAAAAUAUGGUGUGAGCUUGUUAAAUAUUUUGUUUCUUAUCUUUGACAUGUAAUUUUUUGAAAUUUAUUAUUAUGUGCGUCUUUUUCACAUUCAUUCACCUAGUUGAAUUAGGUGUGUGUGGAAUUCCCUUUCACAGUUAUUGGUUGCGUCUAGCAGUGAAUAAUUACUUUGUCUGUAGUUGUUCGAAUAAGUAACAUUUAGGCAUUUAUAUGUUAGCUUUUAGAAUAAAAAAGGCUUUUAACUUAAUUUUGAAAAUUAUGUCAGGGGAAACAAAUGAGUGAACAAUAAAUUCUUUAUUAAAUAUCAGUUAAUUAUAUUUACAUGGUACCAAUUCUGUUAUUUACUUAUCAAAGUUUUCCAAUCUCUUUCAUCUUAUACACUGAUCAGGUCACUAUGUUUUAUAGUACUAAAUACCAUAACUUUAGAAAUCUUGUCUUUGUAAGUAUGGUGUUUUUUUCUUUAAAUCUAUGUAUCAUGAAAUUAUUUGUUCAUUGUCGUUCACUUUUUAAAUGUUAAAGUUAAAUCUACUUUAUUGGAAUCACUUUCCAUAUCAUAAAUAGUUUAAGCAGUAAAUACGGACCAGCCCAAAACCAGAUAAAAAAAAUUUUCUGGUAUCUGUAGCAGAUUGUUUGACUGUGGGUCAGUCAGUUUAGUUGUAUUACUCAACAUAUUGUCAUUUCAUCAUUUCUUAGCAUGCUUACACCUUGACACUCAUAUUCUCUCCUUUUUAGUUGAUAAUUUAUUUUAGUUGAUAAAUAAAACAGAAAAAUUCAA